CGCCAAACUUUACCGCGGCCCCUUGGCUUGGUCGCGCUGAGUGGCGGAGCCCGGCCGCUAACGCUGGGCUCCGCGGGAAGGGAGACAAAGACGGCCAGGACACGUGACAAGAGAGACAAAGACGGCCGGGACACGUGACAAGAGAGACAAAGACGGCCGAGACACCAGGGCGCGAUGCUCAACUCCUCGGAGAGCUGCCCGGCCUCCGGGCUGGAGCGCCCCGAGGUGCUGGGCUGGCUGCUGGAGACGUGGACAGCGUGGACGGGCCUGGAGGGCCUCGACGUCUGCCUGGAGUACGCGGCCCACCUGCUCUGGGUCUUCACGCCGCUGCUCGUCGUCUUCAUCCUGCCGCUCUUCAUCCUCCUCUUCCUCUACCUCUCCAUCCUCUUCCUGCACGUCUACGGCAGCAAGAGCGUGCUGCGCACGGCCUACUCACACAGCUUCUGGGACGGGGCGCGCAAGACGCUCGCCGCGCUCUGGGACGGCCACGCCACCAUCUGGCACGGCUACGAGGUGCACGGGAUGGACAAGAUCCCAGACGAGGGCCCGGCCCUGAUCAUCUACUACCACGGCGCCAUCCCCAUCGACUACUACUACCUGGUGUCCAGGCUCAUCCUGCAGAAAGGCCGGACCUGCCACUCGGUCGCCGAUCACUUCCUCUUCAAGAUCCCCGGCUUCCGGCUGCUGCUCGAGGUCUUCUUCGUGACGCACGGCCCCAGGGAGGAGUGCGUGCGUGCGCUGCGCGCCGGCCACCUCCUCGCCAUCUCGCCGGGCGGCGUGCGCGAGGCGCUCUUCGGCGACAAUGCCUACCGCAUCGAGUGGGGCGGCCGCACCGGCUUCGCCCAGGUCGCCAUCGACGCCCGAGUGCCGAUCAUCCCCAUGUUUACCCAGAACAUUCGGGAGGGCUUCCGCACGCUCGGAGGAAUAAGAGCGUUGCGCUGCCUGUACGAGCGAUGCCGCCUGCCCUUGGUGCCCAUUUACGGCGGCUUCCCCGUGAAGUUCCGCACCUACCUGGGAGAUCCGAUCCCCUACGAGGCCGGCACGACCGCCCCGGAGCUCACCGAGAAGACCAGGCAAGCCCUGCAGAGGCUGAUAAACGAGCACCAGACGAUCCCGGGGAACAUCUUCCGCGCUCUGCUCGACCGCCUGAGCCGCCGCACCAAGGAAGAGGAGUGACGCUGGCGUGGCGACUACGGCGGAUGACACCCACCGGGGCGACCUCAGCCUCGACCUCAGCCUCGACCUCAGCCUCGACCUCAGCCUCGACCUCCUCGUCGUCCCAAAGCGCGAGCUCGUGGAGGCCGCCGGGCCCCGUGCUGCCACGAGGACGCCCGGCUCGUGGCGCAGGUCGCCGCGGGACGUUCCGUAACCGGCCCUCGCUGGAUCUCAGGGGCUCGCGAGUUGAUCGCGACUCCUCGAACGGACUCAUCGGGUCAAACGUCUUUGUGUAUCGCUAGCGUCGUGGGAACAUAUUUUAUGCGCCGUGUCGCGUAGAGCGCACAUCAUAAAUUGCGCUCCAGGCCUGCGUCAGACGUUCGGUACGGUGUCGUGGUUCACUGGCACGCUGCACUUUCUGACAGUUCUGCCACUGUCUGUGGGGGGGUUCCUGUGUAUGGGGCACCACGGUGGCGAGAUAUUAACUCCUUCACCUGGUAUGCAGGAGGUCGUGGGCUCGAUCCCAAGCAUGACGCCUGCUGUAUAUUUGGAGUU